CUCAGUGCACACAAGCUUGAGCUCUCCACCUGCCACACUGAGACUGCAGCAGACUGGAACCUUUGCCCCCAGACCCUCCCCAUUCACAGAGGGAAGUGGGAGACUGUGCUGCCUGGCUGGGACUUUAUAAAGGCUCGGAGAAAAGAUGAACUGGCUCCAUUCCUGUAUCUCCUUUUGCUGGAUUUAUUUUGCUGCCUCCAGACUGAGAGCUGUAGAUACAGCAGAUGGAAAAUAUGCUCAGAAGUUGUUUAGUGACCUUUUUGAAGAUUAUUCCAAUGCUCUUCGGCCAGUAGAAGAUACAGAUAAAGUCCUCAAUGUUACGCUGCAGAUCACACUUUCUCAGAUUAAGGAUAUGGAUGAAAGAAACCAAAUCCUGACUGCCUAUUUGUGGAUCCGCCAAAUCUGGCAUGAUGCGUAUCUCACAUGGGAUCGGGACCAGUAUGAUGGACUAGACUCCAUCAGGAUCCCCAGCGACCUGGUGUGGAGGCCAGAUAUUGUCUUGUAUAACAAGGCUGAUGAUGAGUCUUCUGAGCCUGUGAACACCAACGUGGUCCUGCGGUAUGACGGGCUGAUCACCUGGGAUGCACCGGUCAUCACCAAAAGCUCCUGUGUGGUGGAUGUCACCUACUUCCCCUUUGAUAACCAGCAAUGCAACCUGACCUUUGGUUCCUGGACCUACAAUGGCAAUCAGGUGGACAUAUUCAAUGCCCUGGACAGUGGAGACCUCUCUGAUUUCAUCGAAGAUGUGGAGUGGGAGGUCCAUGGCAUGCCUGCUGUGAAGAAUGUGAUCUCCUAUGGCUGCUGCUCUGAGCCUUACCCAGAUGUGACGUUCACUCUCCUUCUGAAGAGGAGGUCCUCAUUCUAUAUUGUCAAUCUCCUCAUGCCGUGUGUCCUCAUCUCUUUUCUGGCUCCCUUGAGUUUUUAUCUCCCAGCAGCCUCUGGGGAAAAGGUCUCCCUAGGAGUCACCGUCCUGCUGGCCAUGACCGUGUUCCAGCUCAUGGUGGCAGAGAUCAUGCCGGCCUCCGAAGACGUCCCUCUCAUAGGCAAAUACUACAUAGCCACGAUGGCCUUGAUCACAGCCUCCACUGCCCUGACCAUCAUGGUGAUGAAUAUCCACUUCUGUGGAGCCGAGGCCCGGCCAGUGCCACACUGGGCUAGGGUGGUCAUCCUGAAAUACAUGUCCAGGAUCUUAUUUGUCUACGAUGUGGGUGAGAGCUGCCUUAGCCCCCACCAAGACAGGGAGCAGGAUCAUCUCAUGACGGUUUAUGGCAAAAUUCCAGAGCCUAAUCUGAAAAUAGCCAGGAACAAAGACCUUCCCAGAAAGAAGGAAAUGAACAAACUCUUAAAGAAUGACUUGGGGUGCCAGGGUGAGAACAUGCAGGAUGCUGGCAGCCACUGUGCACGGUACACAGUGCUGACAAGGAAUAUUGAAUAUAUUGCCCAGUGCCUCAAGGACCACAAGGCCACCAAUUCCAAGGGGAGCGAAUGGAAGAAGGUUGCAAAAGUCAUAGACCGAUUUUUCAUGUGGAUUUUUUUUAUUAUGGUGUUUGUGAUGACUAUUUUGAUCAUAGCCAGAGCAGAUUAAAAGUAGUGAGCAUUUUGUAUAUGGAGAUAAAUCAAUAAUCUAACCUAAUCUACUCUAAUGUUCUUCCAAGAUAUAUGUGUGUGUGUGUGUGUGUGUGUGUGUGUGUGUAUAAUUUAGGGAUUAUCUUGUCUUUACUUUUUAUUUUUUAAUAAAUAUUAUAGACAUUCAGAUUAAAUUAACGAGGAGGUCCAAAAUUUCAAGAGUAAGAAGAUGGAAGAAAGAGAGGGACCCCUUCUACAGCCUGCUGGAGUGGUAGUAAUAAUCACACAAUUAUUCUUCCCUUUAGCAAUGCAGGUAACAAAGUACACUAUAUUACUGCUCAAAACUUAAAAGAAAACAAAACAAGCUCAUUUUCCCCUUAGCCCCUAUUAAAACAUGCUUUCAAAAAAAGGAAAAUAGUCACAUAUUCCUUAAUGUGAUUUAAAUCUCAAUGUUACCUUUCUGAGGCAUAGUGCAUUUCAAGCCAUAUCUCAAAUGAUGGAAUAAAAAGUUUUAUUGCAUAUAAAGGAAGUCUAAGGAUCAGCAGCUGAGUUGGAGGGGGAGAGCCCCCAUUGUUCACCUGUUGCUUACAGUUCAGGGGCUGCUUACAGGCAGUCAAGAAAACAGGCAACUACAAUAUAGUAUUAAAGAGUACUACCAUAGAAGCAUGAACAGCAUACCAUGGGAAAAAUGAUGAUGAAUCUGAGGGAAAUCUUGAGAAAGACUUUUUGGGGGUAUAACUAAGUUAUACCUGAGCGUCCUUGAGGAGGUUUGAACAAAGUUGAGCUGGGCCUACUUGAGGGUUUCAAAACAGAGAGAUAAGUGGAGUAGGGAUUAGAAGUCACUAGGAAAAAGAAAAGAGCAGAGUGGAGACGAGUGAAAUCCUUGGACUAUUCAUGGAAUUGACUACGAGGAAUUAAGGAAAUUUAACCUGGAAUCAGACAGUUUUUCUUCUUUAUUUUAAUUAUUGAAGUACUUUUAUCAGCUGCGAUUGCAUCUGGUUGCAAACAACAGAAAACUCAAUAGACUAUGACUUAAGCAGAUAGAGGUUAUUCAUCUUCACACACACAAAAGAAAACAGAGUUAGAAAGUCCAGGGAUCUUUCCAUCUUUCCUCUAUGUGUUUUAAAGCACUAACUUUGUCGUAACUUGUUACAACAGCAGGAGAAACCUAAUACUGUACCCAAUGAACAACUCUGUGUAUGUAAGUUUUUCCAUAUUUUAGAUUAUUUGUUUGAGAGAUUUUUCUAUAACCAGAUUGAAAUGUUCCUAUGAGCCAUGCAAAAAAAUUUGAACUUUAUCCUAAAAACACUGGAGCGCCAUAAAAGGAUUUUAAGCAAGGGAGUGAUAGUAUCAGAUUUGUGUUUCAGCAGUAAGAUUGUGGUGGCAAUUAGAAGAUUGUAGAGAAAGGAGAAGAGGCAGAGAGCUCUGUUGGAAUGUUUUUCUAACAACCAACUUCAGGGGAGCGAUAAUGUAGGCUCAACGCAAGAUGGCGGGAAUAAGAAAAGGGAUCCCAAAGUAUUUGUGACCUAGAAUAGCGGGCCUUGGUGACUGAUUAGAUGUGGUGUGAGGGACAGGGUGGCCCUGAGAAUGACUCUGACCUUUCUAUCUCAGACAGCUGAGGUUAAGAGUAAAGGAGGAACAGGUUUUGGGGGAAAUAACUUUCUUUCCUCUCAGAUCACCUCUGUGAAAUAGGUUCUAGCUGUUAAACUUCAUGAGGUUGUCAACAUACCCAAGCAUCUCUAACCUUUAAAAAAAAAAAAAACUCUUAAAAAAUAAAAAGAAUAAGCCCCAUGACAAAAACUCCCUUGUCUUUGUAUAUUUCUUCUGACAAAAAAAUUCUGCUUAGGACAUCUCGAGUUGAAAAUGCUUAUAAAGACAUCCCAGUGGAGAUGCCUGGUAAGCAGUGGAACAUGUGCUUAGAACUUUGGAGAAAAGUGAAAGCUUCAAAAGAAAAGAUUUUACAAUCAGGUUAAUUGUUAAAGUAUUUUUUAAGUGAUUUCAGUGGGUAAGACACGGCAUUACAAACCAUGAGAGUCUCAAAUGAAUAGGAACACAUUCUUUGCCACAAUUCCGGAAAGUUAUAAUCAUCAUUUGCCACUAAAGCAUUUACCUUGUUACAGUGUCCUCUCUGCAUUAAUAUGUAGGCUUCCCCAAGUAUACUGAGAUCAUCUCUGGGCCUUACCGCACAAAAGCUCUAUCAUUAUUUGCUUUCUCCUUUGUAGUAAGGCUAUUCUCUUUUUAUUCUUUGUGCACAGUAAAGGGCCUAGUACAGGUCAUUAGCCACUAAAUGGUUGUUGAGUGGAUGAGCAAGUGAAAGGAAGAGGGUCUGUGUGUUAGAGGGUCCAACGAAGUGUUGCACAAGUUCAGACUACGAAAGGGCCUCAUCCUAUGCAACACAGCAAAAUAAAUGCCAGAUGAAUUAAAGAUUUAGAUGCAAAAACAAAAAGCUUGUAAGAAAAUCUAGGAGAUUUUCUGAAUAGAAUUCUCCACUUCAAUAAAUUUUUUAAUGUGGUGACUGCUGUAAAAGGUGGAGUCCAGGGCCCCUCUGAAGGAGAAUAAUGAAGGGGAGUGAUUUGGAUUGGGUGGUCAGCCUGCUUUAAGGUGGCAUCAUCUGUUUAAGAUGAGAUCUUCAGGUGAGAUGGCAUCAUCCUGGAUAAGUGCCAGGCUGCUGGCAGUGAAAAGUUCAGAGCUCAGGCUCAAGGGCAGAAAGGGGCUUAUUAUCACUUGAGAAACAGAAAGGAGGCCCUCGAGGCAGAGCAGUACAAUCAAAUACGUGAGCCACAAGAGACACAGGAGAGGAGGCUGGCAAGCUGAGCAAGGCCAGUUCAUGCACAGCCUUGCAAAGUUUAAGAAAACACUGAUGACUUUGUUCAUUAUCUGAUGGCCUUGGUGCGCUGAGGUGUGCCUGGGUUUGUUGAGGUCCUGACCUUUGUUCUUUCUCCUUCUUUAGCCUCUGUGUCUACUUUUCCAUGAGCUCAUUGCUCAGACCAACUGUUGCCAGCACAGCCAUGGGCAAACCUGGCAAAUGGGCUAUCUUGGUCAAACUGGAAACACAGGUUCUAGAAUGUCUUGAGCAACAGUGGUGAGGCCACUUGUAAUGUCAUCAGCUGCAGAGGCCAGCCAAGAGCUCUCUGCCUAUUUCUUCCUUCCUCUUAGAUCUAUGAAACUGGCUGUGGCUAUUAAAACUCCAUGAGCUUGUCAAUAUAGCCAAGUAUCGCUACCCUUCAAAAAAGAUGAACCUUAAAAAAUAAAAAAACCAUA